UGUUCAGCAAUCGACGCGUUGCGACGAGAUGGUGUUGUGGUAGUGGUCGUGUGUUCACGACCUCGCAAGAUAUCCCCGCAUCGCCUGACCUGUCCUACGUCAUCACUAGCAAAUCAUGUGGCAUUGUUUCCCUGCAUGUCUUUGAUCCGCAAUGCACAACAAACGCGUUUUGCAAACUUGAUGCGUGUAAAAAAGUGUGAAAGAAUCGUCUUGUCAGUUCAUUAUUCAAUUCCCUCCUUCCUUUUGCACCGGUAGCAUCGGUAGUCAGCUAGCCAUCAUGUCGGCAACCAACGAGCAACCAGUCGAAACACCAGUCAACAAACUCAACGCAAAGCAGCAGAACCGCAUCCAGAAAAGACGACUAGCUCGCCAGCAACUCGCCACGCACUUCGCUCUUGUACGGAAGAACAGGCAAACACACGACUUUUCACAAGCGCCUCCCAAUAUCUAUGUAUGCCUACGCUACCCACGAGGGCCAGACGGCCGCUUCCUCCCCCGCGAACGCGUCAUCACCAAAGCAAUAGAAAGUCUCACAAUCCAAGAGACGACAGAAAAGUCCGUAGGAAGUCUCGAUGGGAAGCCAAAAACCUGGAUGCCAUGGGUACUCCCGACUCCCUCCAAAACACCAAAACCUUCCCGCCUUUGACUUCAUCAUGUACCGGGAGGACUUCACAACCUCAUCACCCUACCGUAUGACCACCGCCAACCCACCGAAUACCUCCCCGCCUCCUCAUACCCUCACAAAACAAACCCGUCAUGCUCCCUGUCAG